AUGAGGAAAUUAAUCUACAUAGCAUUGUGUCUGGGUUUGUCUUACGCCGACGAAGCGGUUUCCGGAGAGAAGCCGGAGGAGACGGCAUUCGUCAACGACAAGAUCGAUUACAACGGUGUGCCGUAUCUGCUCGCCGGCACCUACGAUCUCGAGAAAAUGAACACCGACGUUCAUUUGCCGACGAUCGCCUCGUUGUUCACCGUCAACUCGCUCGGCUCAUUCUAUCUCGUCGCUCAUCCAUUGGAAUUUUGUCAUGCCAUCUACGUGUGUCCCGUCCCGAUUUUCGAAUCGCCCGACAAAGUCAAACGUGUUCAUAUCCACAAGGAGAUUUGCGCGUCGGCGGGAGCUAUCAAAAUUUUUCCAUGGGAAUAUAGAAUAUUGAUUCAUAAUGGAAAAAAAUUCGAUGAGUUCACCUACCUGUCACCGAUCACCACUUUUAUACAAGCUGACAGCAGCGGAUUCAAAUUCUACACGGAGGCGAAAAAUGUUGCCAGUAAACUUUAUCACGACUAUAUGAAAGCGAAACCCACCCGAAUCGAUUUGGACUACAACGGAAAGGAGCUCAUCGUGCUCACGAACAGCAAAGAAUGUCAUGCGAUGAUUCAGCCGACGUCCGGCUCGCAAACCUAUUAUCAAUUCUUUGGACCGUCCACACAGACACCGGAAUCGGUGAGUAAGCUGCCGAAAGAGCUUCACGAUGGCACCCAAUUUGUGCCGAGUCUCUAUCAUCCGCUACCGGAAGGCAUCACCAAAAAAUUUGACAUUUUUCCGGAGCUGAAAUCGCUGAAAUUCGCUGAGAUUGCCGAGCAAUCGUGCACGGCCGGCGCGUUCGGCGAGGUGAAGCCGACGCUGUGGCACUCGCAUUCGGCGUUUGCGCAGAGGAUCGUCCAGCAGAACGUUGGCGGAAAAGCGGCGAAAGUGCAAACGUUUGCCGUCGAGCUGAGCAAAUGCGCGUGGCUUCGUUUGUGGGUGUCGUCGCUGGGCGCGACGCUCGAUUCGUAUGCGCAAUCGAAACCCGAAGACUAUUUUGACAUCUCGUUUGAGAACUCGUUCAUCGUUCCGUUCCACACCGACGACGCCGAAUUGACGCGUUUGACGCCGGAAAUGAUGACGCGAUUCUACGUGAAAGUCAUUCAAGAGUCGCAAAUCAAUUUGAUUGAAGUGGGCGUCGGCAGCAGCGGCACAAUGGGAUUGUUGCGAUAUUACACGAAGAACAAGGUGAUGUCGACGAAAGGCGGCUUCAGUGUGUUCAUGUUGCGGGCGCCGAAGUGCGACGCGAGAUUCGUCAACAUGAACGGAAAUGUGAUGUCGUAUAAUGAGAACGCCGCCGUCAAUUUGUUCGCAUUUGGCGAGUGCAAAUAUUAUCAAGCCACCAAGUAA